AUGGUCAAGACUCGUGUUGCCAGGUCCAAGACAGGCUGCCAAUCAUGUCGUCGUCGCAAGGUUCGCUGUGACGAGGAGAAGCCUAUGUGCAGUGCCUGCUCACGACUCGAGCUUCCCUGCUCGUAUGAGCCUGGCAACGCAGCAAAGCCUGUGGGGGCGUCGCGGUAUCGAGUCCGCUUCGUCAAUGGGACUUAUUCCAAGAAGCGGUCUCGGGGCAGCGUUUCCGAGACUGUCCAGAACUCCACUGCCGAGGACAGUCAACUUGGCGUUCCGGGGAAACAACGCGGAAAAGAGACAUCUAGGCCUGAAUACCUGCAAAACACUCGCGGGUUCGACGCUCGCUCUGGAGCAACCAGUCCGGAGACUAGACAGCCCUCGGCACAGCCAUUGGCUUCGGCUUCGGCCCGCGACAGUGCUGCCUCUAGAGAUGUGCAGGUGCCAGACGUCACAGCUGGUGUGGGACGGAUAGGACCCCAUGCAGCUCAGGGAGACGAGGGGCAUAUGCCGGUGUUUUUCGAUCUCAACAUGAACUUUGACUUGCUCAGUGAAGAAUGGCUUGCUUUCGGUCAACCCCCAAUCGACUCUUCGGAAGCUGCCGUCGAUGGGAGUCAACAUGCCAUUGCGGGAUCAAGUGUGGACGAGAGUUCUGUCAUGAUCGGCAUGGAAGACAACGGUCUUAUCCAACACUACCUCAACGUUAUGACGCAGUACACAAAGAUACGGAGCUCCCGAGACGAUAACAUCUACACACACAUCUUUAGCAACAUGGCAUUGUUCUAUGCGCCUCUAUACAACGUCAUAAUGGCCUGGACAGCCUUGCAUCUCGGGCAGACCCGGACCGAGCCUGACCUCGUCCAAAAGGCCGAAGAGCGUUACCACCACGCCAUCUCCCUGAUACAUGAAGAUCAAGAGGUAGCCCACCACUUUGAGCUUUCCCUCGUCACCAUAUGGUUUGCACUCCAAUUCGAACUACUGGCCGCUCGGGGUGUAGACUCCUUCUUCCGACACCUAGAAUUCACAGCCGAUCUCGUUGAAGCGCACAGGCGGCAUCAAAAGGCCGGCGGGACCGCGACGCCACUUGGUCCCAUCGGUUCCAGGAUCUUGAUAUGGCUUGGCACCUAUGAUGCCCGAGCAGCUUGGAUUGGAGGUGCUGGGCGGCUUCUACAGAACCUUGAGCUGUUCUGCACGGAACAUGACUUUAUCGAUGCCGCAUUCCCAGAUGUCCAGGAUGACACCGAUCUGUCUGAUUUGAAGUCGUGCUUGCGCUUGACCCUAGAGAUAGAUUCUCUCGACAACAUGAUUGCGCAGCUCAACAACCGAACGGUUGCCGGUCCGGCUGCCAUCCUAUUGGCCAUCCAGACUGAUUUGCUCUUCCUGCAACAUCGUUUGGAGAGUGGCUCAAGGAUAUCACCCGCGCUCCCUGCAAUCUUGAGGCCUACACGGCAAAUCGAUGGCGAAGUCACCACGGGCUUGUUCAACGACUUAAUCCUUCUUGCGGCAUGCUACUGUCUCAUCAUAAGCUUCCAUAGGGUCCUACCCGCCUCCGUGGCCGCAAAGUCGGAGUGGAACUAG